GCUGCUGCUUGAAAGGGGCUGCUGGAGCUUUAAGAGCCGCCUCCCCCCUCUCUUCCUCCUAACAAUGGUCUGAACCAAGCUCUGCUUCCCAAAGCAAAAUUUGUAAUAUGCCAUUUUUCCCAUGGACGCUUUCCCUUUUGGCUGCUGACGAAGUGGCCGAAGAAAAUGCCGAGGUGCCAUGCAGAUAUUCCCGUCCGGCGACGGGCGCUGGGGCUUCGGUUUUCUCUGAGCAGCGCCUGUGUCAUCGUUGCUAGGAAGAUGCUCCAGGACUGCCCAGCUGUGUGAGCCCCCAUCAAAGCCGGGAGAGACUGCGGUUGUCAUUGAUCAACGGAAUAAGCAGACGCCGAAGUAAAAGCCACUAGCCCCACAAAAUCCGAAGAGAACCCUAUGACUGAACACCAGAGACCCUCAACAAAGAAAAUACUAGCCAACCUACACGAAAUGAUGUGUGAAGUGAUGCCAACGAUAAACGAGGACACCCCAAUGAGUCAACGGGGGUCCCAGAGUAGCGGGUCGGACUCGGAUUCUCACUUUGAACAACUGAUGGUGAACAUGCUAGAUGAAAGGGACCGCCUCCUUGACACUCUUCGGGAGACUCAGGAAAGUCUGUCGCUUGCACAGCAACGCCUUCAGGAUGUCAUCUACGACAGAGACUCCCUUCAGCGACAGCUCAAUUCAGCACUGCCACAGAUGACGGUUGCUGCUGGUACGAGCAUUGAGAAUAACAUUCAAAGGACCAUAUCCUGCCCUAAUGAAUUUGCUGCACUGACAAAAGAGUUAAAUGUGUGUAGGGAGCAACUGCUUGAAAAAGAAGAAGAGAUUUCAGAACUGAAGGCUGAAAGAAACAACACAAGACUGUUACUGGAGCAUUUGGAGUGCCUUGUUUCAAGACAUGAAAGGUCUCUGAGGAUGACGGUAGUGAAACGGCAAGCACAGUCCCCCUCAGGAGUUUCAAGUGAAGUUGAAGUUCUCAAAGCACUGAAAUCUUUGUUUGAGCACCAUAAGGCUUUGGAUGAAAAGGUAAGGGAACGACUGAGGGUUUCUUUAGAAAGAGUCUCUGCACUGGAAGAAGAACUAGCUGCUGCUAACCAGGAGAUUGUAGCUUUACGUGAACAAAAUGCACACAUUCAAAGGAAAAUGGCAUCUGGAGAAGGGCCUGCUGAAUCAGAACAUAUUGAAGGAAUGGAGCCAGGGCAAAAGGUUCAUGAAAAGCGCCUAUCAAAUGGCUCUAUAGACUCAAAUGAUGAAGCCAGUCAAGUUGUGGAACUACAGGAACUGCUCGAAAAGCAAAAUUAUGAAAUGGCACAAAUGAAGGAACGUUUGGCUGCACUAUCUUCCCGAGUGGGGGAGGUAGAGCAGGAAGCAGAGACUGCCAGGAAGGAUCUAAUUAAAACAGAAGAAAUGAACAGUAAAUAUCAAAGGGACAUUAGAGAGGCUAUGGCACAGAAAGAAGAUAUGGAAGAAAGAAUCACUACCCUUGAGAAGCGGUAUCUCAGUGCACAGAGGGAAUCCACCUCCAUACAUGACAUGAAUGAUAAACUGGAAAAUGAACUGGCAAAUAAGGAGGCCAUCUUGCGUCAGAUGGAAGAAAAAAACAGACAGCUGCAAGAACGUCUUGAGCUCGCUGAACAGAAGCUGCAACAGACAAUGCGGAAGGCUGAGACCUUGCCUGAAGUGGAGGCUGAACUGGCUCAGAGAAUUGCAGCACUGACGAAGUCUGAUCCAACCUCUUCUACCUCAUCUGAUGAUUAUCAAUAUGUUAUGGAAGCUAAGCUACAAGAAAUGAUCUCCAUACGUAGGAAGGCCGAAGAAAGACAUGGUAACAUUGAAGAACGUAUGAGACACUUGGAAGCUCAACUUGAAGAAAAGAAUCAGGAACUGCAAAGAGCAAGACAAAGAGAGAAAAUGAAUGAGGAGCACAACAAAAGAUUAUCAGAUACUGUAGACAGACUUUUGACAGAAUCCAACGAGCGCCUGCAGCUACACUUAAAAGAGAGAAUGGCAGCACUUGAGGAAAAGAACGUUCUAAUUCAGGAAUCUGAAAGUUUCAGGAAGAACCUGGAAGAAUCUUUACAUGACAAGGAAAGAUUGUCAGAAGAAAUUGACAAACUGAGAUCUGAACUUGACCAGCUGAAAAUGAGGGCUGGCUCUCUGAUUGAACCUACAUUGUCAAGAUCUCACCUUGACACAUCAGCAGAACUGAGGUAUUCUGUGGGUUCCUUGGUUGAUAGCCAAUCCGACUACAGAUCAACUAAAGUGAUAAGGCGACCCAGAAGAGGUCGUAUGGAGGUCCGGAGAGAUGAACCAAAGGUGAAAUCUCUUGGAGAUCAUGAGUGGAACAGAACUCAGCAGAUUGGAGUCUUGAGCAGCCACCCAUUUGAAAGUGACACUGAAAUGUCUGAUAUUGAUGAUGAUGAUAGAGAAACUAUCUUUAGCUCCAUGGAUCUUCUGUCACCAAGUGGGCAUUCAGAUGCCCAGACUCUGGCCAUGAUGCUUCAGGAGCAACUAGAUGCAAUCAACAAAGAAAUAAGGUUAAUCCAAGAAGAAAAAGAAUCAACAGAACUGCGUGCUGAAGAAAUAGAGAACAGAGUGGCCAGCGUCAGUCUAGAAGGCUUGAAUCUGGCUAGAGUUCACCCAGGUACAUCUAUCACUGGAUCAGUGACAGCUUCAUCGCUUGCAAGCUCUUCUCCUCCCAGUGGGCACUCAACCCCUAAACUCACACCUCGCAGUCCAGCCAGAGAAAUGGAUCGCAUGGGGGUCAUGACACUGCCAAGUGAUCUAAGGAAACAUCGACGAAAGAUUGCAGUGGUAGAAGAAGAUGGACGUGAAGAUAAAGCCACAAUAAAAUGUGAAACCUCUCCUCCUCCAACACCCAGAGCCAUCAGGAUGACUCAUACCCUUCCUUCUUCAUACCACAAUGAUGCCAGAAGUAGUUUGCCUGCUUCACUAGAGGCAGAAAGUAUUGGUCUUGGCAGUGCCAGUAGCAGCCAGGACUCCCUACACAAAGCUCCCAAGAAGAAAGGAAUCAAGUCUUCUAUAGGACGUUUGUUCGGUAAAAAAGAGAAGGCUCGACUUGGACAGCUCAGAGGUUUUAUGGAAACAGAGGCUGCCGCACAGGACUCUCUGGGGUUAGGCAAACUGGGAACUCAAGCAGAAAAAGACCGAAGACUAAAGAAAAAGCAUGAACUUCUGGAAGAAGCUCGGAGAAAGGGAUUGCCUUUUGCACAGUGGGACGGGCCUACAGUGGUUGCGUGGCUGGAGCUGUGGUUGGGAAUGCCUGCAUGGUAUGUUGCUGCUUGCCGUGCAAAUGUGAAGAGUGGAGCCAUUAUGUCUGCUUUGUCUGAUACUGAGAUUCAGAGAGAAAUUGGAAUCAGCAACCCUCUCCAUCGCUUAAAGCUCCGACUAGCAAUCCAGGAGAUGGUAUCACUUACAAGUCCAUCAGCUCCUCCCACUUCUAGAACACCCUCAGGCAAUGUCUGGGUGACCCAUGAAGAAAUGGAAAAUCUUGCAGCUCCAGCCAAAACGAAAGAAUCUGAGGAAGGCAGCUGGGCCCAGACCCUUGCUUAUGGUGAUAUGAACCAUGAAUGGAUUGGUAAUGAAUGGCUCCCCAGUCUGGGUUUACCUCAGUACCGAAGUUACUUUAUGGAGUGCCUGGUAGACGCAAGGAUGUUAGAUCAUCUGACGAAGAAAGAUCUCCGCGUACAUUUAAAAAUGGUGGAUAGCUUUCAUCGAACAAGUUUGCAGUACGGUAUCAUGUGCUUAAAGAGGCUGAAUUACGACAGAAAAGAACUGGAAAGAAGAAGAGAAGUGAGUCAGCAUGAAAUAAAAGAUGUAUUGGUCUGGAGCAAUGAGCGAGUCAUACGCUGGAUACAGGCUAUUGGACUACGAGAAUAUGCAAAUAACGUCUUAGAAAGUGGUGUACAUGGGUCACUUAUAGCCCUGGAUGAAAACUUUGAUUACAGCAGUUUAGCUUUAUUAUUACAGAUUCCAACACAAAACACCCAGGCCCGGCAAAUCCUUGAGAGAGAAUACAACAAUCUUUUAGCACUAGGAACUGAGAGACGACUUGAUGAAAGCGAUGACAAGAACUUCAGACGUGGCCCUUCCUGGCGAAGACAGUUUCCUCCACGUGAGGUCCAUGGAAUCAGCAUGAUGCCUGGCUCUUCAGAAACACUUCCAGCUGGAUUCAGAUUAACUACAACAUCAGGGCAGUCACGAAAAAUGACAACAGAUGUUGCUUCAUCACGAUUGCAGAGGUUAGACAGCUCUACAGUUCGCACAUACUCAUGUUGACAAGGCUAGCAAAGAAGCCAGCACUGAAUUGCUAUAUCAUCUCUUUCUUCUACUUUACCUGAAGUGCACUACCAAUAUUUUGGGAAAAAGGAGCAGUAAAGGUCUCUUCAAGAACAGGGUAAUAGGGAAGAGAACACAAAGUUUUAUCAAGCUAAAAAAUGUGGUGUUCUUUUCAUGUAUUAAGUUAUUGGUUAGUUUAAUACAAGAGUAAUAAAAUACCUAAAUCAUUUUAAAAACAAAAAAACCAAAGCAUCUCUCUCAUCAUAAAUUUGGCAGUAGUGCACAACCAAUGGUUUUAUCCAGUGGAGCCACUCAUUUUUACAUUGUUCAUCAGUUUUAUUGUAAUAUACCAGCCAUCUACGUAUUUACUGUGUAUUUCUUUUAAAAUGUGUAUGUAAAGGGAUAUAAAUAUGAUUUUUU